AUGGGCUCCCUCGAACAGCCGAAGCGCAACUUUGCUUACAGCAUCUAUGUCUACAAGAAAGCAGACCAAGAUGAGCAGAGCCACCACAACCACAUUGAAAGCGUGAAUACUCCGAUCAUCAAACCAUUGCUAGAGAGAUAUGGGGCUGUAUCCUACACUGUGACCCACAACGAUGCAUCCGCCAAAGCAGACUUUAAGAAGCUGUUCCCUGAUGCACCUAGCGCCAUGCUGUUGGAUUACGAUUCGGUCAUCUCAAUAAUCGUACCUAAUAUCGGGUGCAUAGAGAAGAUGCGUGAUGACCCUGACUUCUUGGGCAAAUUCAUUCCCGAUCAUUUCAACUUCGCUGAUAUGAGCCGGAGUCGUUGUGUUGUGGGUUGGGCAGAGCACUAUGCAUUCUAA